GUAGUCAUGCAUCUGGGGGUUUACGAGUUGUAUGCCUCUUCGUUUAUAUUAUAGAUUAUGACUGAAUUUCGGUGUCUUCUAAUCAAGCUAAUGAAUUAUGAUUUUCAAAAGGUUUUAGUUUAUGUGUAGUUAAGUAAAAACAGUUGGGAUGGAUAGAAAAUGACAUAUUUUUCAUUGAUGUAAAGUGUUAUUAACACUUUUUAGUUAUCGUUAAUUUUCGUUCUUCCUUCCUGUGAAACCCAUUAUGUACGUAGAGGUUUAUCAACAUCCCAAGCAUUUAUAAACAUCGCUUAAUUUCCAAACGGCAUCACAAAAUAUACGAGCCAUGAAUGCUUCUGCCUUAAACAACACCCAAAGUUUCAGGAGAUCUAUGCCAUUUACCUUGGAGACAUUAUCAGAAAGGAGAGUUCUUAUAAACAUUCCGUCUAUAAUAUAUACAUUUAUAUUACUGUUUAUCGGCAUACCAGGCAAUGCAACUGUCUUCUACAUCUACCUUACAAGAUGGAAGAAAAGUUCUACACGUGUAUUUAUCAUUGCCCUGGCAAUACUGGAUUUCACCAACUGUACAUUAACAUUCCCAUUUGAGUUAGCACAUAUGUUCAACCCAUUUACAUUUGAUUUUCCUGUAUUGUGUAAGAUAUUUCGGUUCACUACUUACACAUGUAAUAGUGGCGGGGCUUUGUUGCUGAUUGCUAUUGCCGUAGACCGCCACAUGAGGAUUUGUAAACCGUAUAAAAAGCCAAUGAACCCAAAGACAGCCAAACUAGUAUCAAUCGUAAUUGUUGUGACUUCUGUCGCCACGUGCUGGCCUUCUCUAAUAAUAUACGGCAUAGAAGUUCGGCCCAUUACACCAACGAUUCAACUGAAAUUCUGCUUAAUUGAAACUGGAUAUCGUGACACGCAAUACCCAUUGGCAUAUCUUCUUGUUCAGUGCGCAUGUACUAUAGUUAUAUUUAUAGUUUUAGUCGUCAUAUAUUCAAUUAUUGGCGCCCAAGUAUGCCGUCGUUGGAAGUUCAGGACAACAUCAUUAAAGUCCGUGGGCGAGGGUGACGAUGGAGUUAUUGCUGACAUUUCGUCUCAUUGCAAUGAUAAAGAUGAUAGCGUAUGGAAAGAUGAAGAAAAGGAUAAUAAUUCCUCCAUUUUAAAUGAAAAUGAGCAUAAUCUGAAACCGGAUGCUGUAAAAGUGCCAUAUUUAUCCCAAUCAUCAACAAUGCUAAAGAAGAAAAAAGUUUUUGACUCCCGCGCGAUACGUAUCGGAAAAACAACAAUCAUGUUAUUUGUCGUUACCAUUGCAUACAUUCUUUGUUUCUCACCAUUCUUGGGGUUAGCAAGCCAUCGAUCGAUUUACCCAGAACGAUGGCUAAAUCUAUCUCAGGCCGGAGAAACACUUUAUCAAUUUUUCUUGCGAUCCUACUUGGCCAACUGUGCUAUCAAUCCAAUCAUAUACUCUUACUUCAACCGGAUAUUUAGACAGGAGUGUGUCAAGUUCUACCGGAAACUUUUUUGUACAAAACAAAACGUUUACCGACCUUAACAUGCUUAAUAAUAUGAUGAUGGGUUAUGUACAAAACAUUCUGACGUUUUAAUUUUAUGCGCAUUUGUACGAAAUUUCCAACUUCUGACGUUGAUGUUUGUGUUUGUGUGUCUGUAAAUGACCUUGAACUUCAGUAAAAAUAACACAAACACGGGCAGAUGUGUUUUGCUUAUAAACACAUUUGUUUACAAUGGUGGUAAACAGAACUGCAAAUAAGUUAUUAAGGAGCUAUUUAUGAAACAGGAGGCAAAUAGUUACAACCUAAUGUUGCCGAGUUCGUUGAUUUAUUUUAUUGGUUGUAUAAAUUGUAUAAAUAUUUCAAACAAGUCUGAGAAAGACAAAACCUUUAUCUUGGAUAUCGAUGAAAUAGCUGCCACGGAGUCUCAGUAUUUUUUCAGUGAUAGUUACUGUAAGAAGAAACUAGACGAGCAUUGAGGUGACUGUUAAAGGGGAAACGUCCGGUUAUCAAGAAAACAAUGAAAAAAACAUUAAAAAACAGAAUUAAAAUACUUAGUAUGAAAGCUAAGGUUUAUAUAUUUGACUAUUUUAAAAACAUGUCAUUUUCUGCAGGCACCAAUGAUUACAAAUAUUCAUUUGUAAACAUUAUGUGGUAGAAUGUCAAGACUGUAAGAUUUUGAACAAACGAUGUUGUCUUAUAAUGGUAUUUUGAUAGAAUUUAAAAAGAUUAAUUUUCAUUUGAUCUUUUCCAAAAGAUUGAUUUUGAUAAUAAAUAAAAACUAGACAACUAA